AUGGCUAGCUCUACUACAUCUUUAGCAAUCGUUCUUCAUCAAUCUUCCAAUCAUGACGAACUCUUCAUGAAACAGACUCUUCAAUUCUCAGAAACUCUCAAGGAUCUAAAGAACUUGCGGAAGCAGCUGUACUCAGCCGCUGACUACUUUGAAACAUCUUAUGGCAAAGAAGAACACAAAGAAACGGUGAUAGAGACAUUGAAAGAGUAUGCAGCAAAGGCAGUAGUGAACACUGUGGAUCAUCUUGGUUCUGUCUCUGACAAAUUCAACUCUUUUCUCUCUGAUAACACAUCCAAUUUCUCCACCACUCAUCUUCGUUUAUCUUCUCUCGAGCAAUCUCCUCACCAUCACAAGCGUUACUUCUUCCCUCGUAUGUAUACCCUUUGGCUUUCUCUCCCAAUCAGAUUGCAUCAUCAUUCAGUAUCAUCUUUUAUCGCAGAUUCUUGCAUACAAGAACAAGGAAGAAUUGACCAAAGAGGCAUGAGUUUCUCUGCUGGAGAUGACUCACAUCGGUUCAAGAGUGCUGUCCGGGCAACGAUACUAGAAAACCAACCGAAUACCGCAAGGAAAGCUAACAAGACAGGAAGCUUCUCCUUCUCACCAAACAUACACAACAAACCCCCCCCAAGUAAAAGAACAAACUCUCCUAUGAGAUUUCCUCUCUUACGCUCAGGAUCUCUACUGAAACGUUCAAGCUCCCCAAGCCAGCCAAGGAAACUGGAACCACAACAAAGAGCGGUUUCUGUGUCGAGAAAUACAGAGAUAGUGGAGAUAAAGCAAUCUUCUAUGAGAAAGGGGAAGAAGAGUCUGAUGCUCAAGGCACUGAUGAGUAUGAGCAAGUCCAGAAACUAA